UGUUGUUCUUUUGCCAUGUGCCAAUUAAUGACUAUUACAUGGUAUUCUAAGUCUUCAGCUUUCAGUUCUAGGAAACUUCAUCAAAAUUUAAAAUUGCUUAGAAACUACACCCACCUAUUUAUCAUAUUUUAUCGUUUCCAUUGUGCAAAAUUCUUCCAUAUUCAAACAAAGCUUUCUCAGUAGUUUUCAAACUUGUCUAUCAUUUUUUGUGUGCCAACUUUCUGUUAGUCUCUUCAUUCACAUAAUUGUAGCAAGAAAGAUGGCUGCUUAUGCUGCUGUAACUUCUCUGAUGGGAACAAUACACCUGAUUUCCCAAUCCGACUUAUUACACCUUGAAGAGGACCACAAAGAACAUUUGGAAUCACUCUACGAGAAGGUCAGCUCUGUGCUAGAGUUUCUUGACAAUUCUGAUGAUGAACCAAUGAAGGCUUUGCAAGAAAAGGUAGAAGAUUUAGCAAAUGAAGUAGAACACGAAGUCGAAUCUCAAGUAUUACUGGUUAAGGAGAAGGAUGAACAGGUUCGAACAGAGGCAAAUGAGAGGCUUCUUAAGAUCUUGCGACAAGCUAUACAAGACAUGGAUUCUGUGAAGAAAGAGUUCAUCAAGCUGCAGAAGAGGAAUAACAAUUUGCUAGCUGGAAAUCGUUCGCUUUCACCACGAUUGCAUGUUUCAACCCUUGAGAAGGACAUGGUGGGGCACAGCAAUGAACGAAAGCGCAUGCUAGAUCUACUUACCGGACGCUCAUCUCAACCGCAAGUCAUCUCUAUUGUUGGAAUGGGCGGCAUAGGUAAGUCAACUUUUGCCAAAAAUAUGUUUUCUGAUUCCUCAAUUGUGGGCUUCUUUGAUGUUCGUGGAUGGAUUACUGUGUCCGAGGACUAUAGUAUAAGAAAGAUGCUUCUAUCCGUCCUUCAAGAGCUAUUGGCGUGAAUCAAGAGCUUGAUAAGAAAAAAGAUGAAGAACUAGCUGAUUGCUUGCAGAAAAGUUUAAAGAGAAGAAGGUAUUUGAUUGUUGUGGAUGACAUAUGGAGCAGCGAUGCCUGGGAUGAGAUUAAACUAUGGUUUCCAGAUGACAGUAAGAGAAGUAGAAUAUUGUUGACUACUCGGGACAUUAACGUUGCUCAAUAUGCUAGCUCUCACGAGGGACUUUUUCCAAUGCGUUUCCUAGAGCCAAAGGAAAGUUGGAAUUUGUUUUGCCAAAAGGCGUUCGGCAAAAAAGAUUGUCCAGCUGAAUUUGAGAGUGUCGGAAGGGAGGUAGUAAAAAAUUGCAAAGGAUUACCACUGAUGAUUUCGGUGGUUGCGGGGUCUCUUUCUAGGAAGAGGACGCUGCACGAGUGGUAUGAAGUUGCUCAAAGUGUAAGCUCAUUAGUAGACGUUGAUGAUUAUCAACGUUGCUCAGGAGUGCUCUCUUUGAGCUACAAGCAUCUUCCUUCACACUUGAAAGCUUGCUUUCUGUAUUUUGGAGUUUUCCAAAAAGCUAGUGAAAUUUCUGUGGAAAAGUUGAUUCAAUUGUGGAUGGCAGGGACUCUUUGAGCUGAGGGGGCUUGGGGAGUGGGAAAAAGUGGCUGCUAAUCUCCUACAUGAUCUUAUUGAUAAAAGUCUAAUUGUUGUUAGCAAGCAUAGUUUGGAUGGAAAUAUCAAGACAUGUGGGAUUCAUGAUCUUCUCCAUGAUUUAUGCUUGAGAGAAGCUGAAAGCGAGAAUCUUUUGUACGUUCCAAAUCCCUCAAUUUCUGAACCCAAAAGUGUUAUUCAAGAUCGUCGGUGGGUUUCAUUUCAUUUAGAGGAAGGUUGUUUUUUUCCCUCUCUUACUUACAGUAAAACACGUUCUCUUAAGUUUCUUUCGGGUGAAAUUAGGUCUAGUACUAUUGAAUUAGGACUAAACCAUUUCAAACUUCUUAGAGUAUUGGACUUGGGGCGAUUGGGCAGGAGUAGUUUCCCUAAGGAAUUAUCUUACCUGGUUUCCUUGAGAUAUUUGGCUAUGGGGCGUUUGAACACGUGUCCAUAUCUACCAGUUUAUAAGCUUCAAAAUUUACAAACUUUUAUUAUUCGUGAAAGAAAGACAAGUAAACCCAGUUGGUUUCACCUACCAAAUGGAACAUGGAAAAUGUCUCAAUUGAGGCAUCUCCACUUGCAAAGCUUUUAUUUGUGUUCUCUAAAGUUAUCUGCCGAUGAUGUUAAGUACCAGGUUUUGGAUAACUUGCAAAGUAUUUAUGGGUUGAGUCCUGAUUGUUGCACUAAACAGAUGUUUGAAGGGAUUAAAAAAGUGAAAAAAUUGGGAAUUUGUGGCAGAACUGAUGACUUUUGUCGUGAGCCCAAAUCCCUAGAUAAUAUUAUAUAUUUACCUGAGCUAGAGGCACUAAAAAUCGUAGUAUACGACACUUACAAUCAUAAGCUUCCAGUUCCAUGUCCGGAUUCUUUCCCACCGAAUCUCAAGAAGCUGACACUUCAAGGAACUUAUCAACCAUGGAAGGCCAUGACAAUCAUUAGCAAGUUGCACAAACUCGAGGUGCUCAAAUUGAAGGUUAAUCUCUUCUAUGGUAGGGAGCCUGUCGGGGAAUAUGUAUGGGAAGUAUCAGAGAUGGGAUUUCCUGAAUUGAAAUUCUUGCUUCUAGAGAACACGGGUCUUAAAUACUGGAGGUCCACCGAUGAUUCUUUCCCACUUCUCGAAAGCAUAAUUUUCAGAAACUGUCGUUCCUUACAAGAGAUUCCUCAAGCAUUUGCAGAUAGUAUGACACUGCAGCAAAUUGAGUUACGGGGAUGCACUCCUUCCCUUGUGGAAGUCGCUAAGAAGAUCCAAAAUGAUCAAGAGGAGGAGUUGGGAAACAACAUUCUUAAAGUUGAUGCCUUUGACACAAUCAACUAGAGAGUUAGAUUCAGGUGAAAUUAAUGAAGAAGAAACCAAAGGAAGAUAUGGAGAAGACAGAAGAAACAAAGGAAGAUUGAUGAAACGAGUUUGAUGAAACGAGUUUUAAGGACUUAUCAAAUGAAGGUCUGCAUGCCGUUCUUGAUGGCUGUCCACACCUUGAGUCGCUUGACUUACAUCAUUUUUAUAUAAUCCAUCUUGAUGAAGGAGAUUUAGGAAGGAGAUGAAAACAACUGAUUAUAUACCUGAAGGACCCUCAUGAUUCCUCUUAUAAACUCAAUGCUGAAAUUUGGGAUUAUUUGUAUCAUGAUGAAGACUACCCCGAUGCAGUUACUGCGUCUUCGUCUUAUGAUGAUGAUGAGUUCCAUAGGUUCUCUUUGACCAGCCUAGGUCAUCGAGUUUAUGAUGAUUUUAUUGACUACUACGGCUAAAUCCAUUUACUCAGUUUUAUGAGCUUUUAUUUGAGUUGUCGAUUUGUAAGGUUUUCUUUUUGCCAUUGGAUUAUGAAACAAUAGUAUUCCAGGUGUUUGUUGAUUGAAUACAGUUAGAGUAGACAUCUACUGGGAAGUCCUGUGAGAAAUUCAAUUUUCUUUUCAAGUUU